GCGAGCGGGCGAGGCAGCGGCAGAGCCCGGCGGCCACCAUGGAGCUGGCGAUGGAGAACCUGGGCAGCCUGCACGGCGUCCCGCACUCGCAGCCCGCCGAGCUGCUGAGCCCCGGCGCACGGGCGGCGGGCUCGCACCGCAACCUGGUGCCGCACGGCCGGCCCGCCAUGGUGUCGGGUAUGGCCUCCAUCCUGGAGGGGGGCGACUACCGCGCCGAGCACAGCCUGGCCGCCCCGCUGCACCCCGCCAUGAGCAUGUCCUGCGAGUCCCCCUCCGGCAUGAGCCUGAGCAGCACCUACACCACGCUGACCCCCCUGCAGCACCUGCCGCCCAUCUCCACCGUCUCGGAGAAGUUCCACCACCCGCACCACCACCACCACCACCACCACCCGCACCCGCGCCUGGCCGGCAACGUGAGCGGCAGCUUCACCCUCAUGCGCGACGAGCGGAGCCUGGCCUCCAUGGGCAACCUCUACAGCCACUACCCCAAGGACAUGCCGGCCAUGGGGCAGCCCCUCUCGCCGCUGCCCAACGGGCUGGGCAGCCUGCACAACGCCCAGCAGCCGCUGGCCCCCUACGGCCCCGGGGGCCACUUGCCCAACGAGAAGAUGCUCUCGCCCAACGGCUUCGACUCCCACGCCGCGAUGCUGUCCCGCGAGGAGCACCUGGCGCGGGGCUUGGCGGCCCCCAGCUCGGCCAUGAUGCCGCCGCUCAACGGGAUGCACCCGCACGGUCACCCGCACGCCCAGCCCGGUGGCUCUCUCCUGGGCGAGCGGGAGCGGCAGGCCUCGGCCACCGGUUCCCAGCCCGGCGGCUCCGGGCAGGUGGAGGAGAUCAACACCAAGGAGGUGGCUCAGAGGAUCACGGCCGAGCUGAAACGCUACAGCAUCCCGCAGGCGAUCUUCGCCCAGAGGAUCUUGUGCCGCUCCCAGGGGACCCUCUCGGACCUGCUGCGGAACCCCAAGCCCUGGAGUAAGCUCAAGUCCGGCCGGGAGACUUUCCGGAGGAUGUGGAAAUGGUUGCAGGAGCCGGAAUUUCAGAAAAUCAGUCUUUCUUCCCUAGCUGCUUGCAAACGCAAAGAGCAAGAGCAGCAGAAAGACAGGAGCCUGCAGCCCAAGAAGCAGCGGCUGGUCUUCACGGACCUCCAGCGCCGCACCCUGAUCGCCAUCUUCAAGGAGAACAAGCGCCCAUCCAAGGAGAUGCAGAUGACCAUCUCGCAGCAGCUGGGCUUGGAGCUCAACACCGUCAGCAACUUCUUCAUGAAUGCCCGCCGGCGGUGUAUGAACCGCUGGCAGGAGGAGCCAGGCACCAACCCCGGAGUCCCCUCUUCUUCUACAAGCACUUUCUCCAAAGCAUGAUGUCCCCUAGCCCUCCCUGCCCCUUCCCGGACAUCCUCCUCAUGACAAAGCCAACCCCAGACUCACACUCAUGCCCCGAGCCAACCGGGGUGGGUGCUUUUGGAUGCUGCGAGUCCAUCA